GUGAAGAGGGUUGCUAAGAGCAUAACCAAAUUAAACCCGUUUUUAGAAGUAUGGGGAAAAUGGGGUCAUCAAUGACCUCUCUCUUUCUCACUCUUUUAGUUUUAGCAGUGUCUCUCAAUUUGCCUUUUGAAACCUCAGCAGAUUACACUUAUUCUUCUCCUCCACCACCUCCUAAGAAGUACCCACCACCACCUUACCAUUACAAGUCUCCACCACCGCCUCCUCCGGUCUACUCUCCACCACCACCACCACCACACAAGAAGCCUUACAAGUACAAAUCUCCUCCCCCACCAACUCCUGUUUACAAGUCCCCACCACCUCCUCCAUCACCACCCAAGCAUCCUUACAAGUACAAGUCUCCUCCACCUCCACCACCAUCACCACCCAAGCAUCCUUACAAGUACAAGUCCCCACCACCACCACCACCACCCUCACCACCCAAACACCCCUACAAGUACAAGUCCCCACCCCACCCCCACCAUCACCACCUAAGCACCCUUACAAGUACAAGUCUCCACCCCCACCAUCUCCAGUUUACAAGUAUAAGUCUCCACCACCUCCACCGCCAUCACCACCCAAGCACCCUUACAAGUACAAGUCCCCACCACCUCCACCACAUCACCACCCAAGCACCCUUACAAGUACAAGUCCCCACCUCCACCACCAUCACCCCAAAGCAUCCUUAUAAGUACAAGUCUCCACCACCACCACCAUCACCACCCAAGCAUUCCUACAAGUACAAGUCUCCCCCACCACCACCUCCAUCCCCACCCAAGCACCCUUACAAGUACAAGUCUCCACCCCCACCACCUCCGGUUUACAAGUAUAAGUCUCCACCACCUCCUCCCGUUUACAAGUCUCCUCCUCCACCACCACCCCAUUAUGUCUACUCUUCACCUCCUCCUCCUCACCACUACUAA